GUCAGAAAGGACAAUUAUCUUUGCUUCACUAAACUCUUGGAUUUUCUAUACACACACUAUGCACAUGCCGUGUCUAGUAGUAUAUAUGAUCUAAGGUAGUUGCAGUGAAUGUAAAUAAUGGGUAGUUUAAUACAAAAUUUGUGAAAAUACAAGAUAAAACUACUGUGUAGCAAGUGUCAUUAAUAGCCAAAAAAUGGGUCGUCGUUCAAUCAACACCACGAAAAGUGGGAAAUACAUGAAUCCCACAGACCAAGCACGAAAAGAAGCGCGUAAAAAGGAAUUAAAAAAGAAUAAAAAGCAGAGACAGCUGGUACGAGCUGCUGUUUUAAAGGGCAAAGAUCCUGCUCAAAUCAUUGAAGAAAUGGAAAAGAUAGAUCAGAUGGAAUAUAAUGUCAUGCAGCCUCCACCUCUCAAUGAGAAAGUUUUAAAAGAUAAAAGGAAAAAACUAAAGGAAACUCUAGAUCGUGUAUUGAAAAUGUAUGCAAAGGAUGAUCAAGAGAAGUGGGCAGAGUUGAAAGAGCAAUUAAUACAGUAUGAACGUAGAAGAAUAGAUUUGGUUUCAUAUUUUGAAGCUGUGCGACAUGCACAGCAAGUACAAGUUGAUGAAAUUCCUUUACCUUCGGCUGGAAAUGAUAUAUCUCGAAUGUAUCCUGGUUCUUUAACAUCACAAAUACCUUUACCAGAUAUGCCACAGCCACCCGCACAUAUGUAUCCCCCUCAUCCACAUUAUUUACCUCAACAUCAUCCUCUGAUGAACAUACCAAUACCGCCAAGUAUUCUAAAAAAAACAAGUGCAUAUGCAACAUCUCCUUCUAUACCAAUGUUAGCACCUAAUAAAGAACCACCAGGUGUUCCACCAUUUCCACCUCCAGACUUAUCUAGCGAUGAAGAAGAUGUACCUGAAAAGGGUAAAGAACCAAUACAAAAACUGAGGACAAUCCGAUUUGCAGAUGAUAAAGAAGACAAGCAAGAGUCGGAUAAUAAAGAGAAAGAAACGGAUAAAGAGAAAGAAAAGGAAAGGGAUAUGUCAAAAGUGAAGCCAACAACAUUACAACAGAAGAUGUUGGCUAUGGCAGGACAAGAUAUCGAUCAAUUUAUGCGUGAAAUGGAAGUCGUUCAUAAAAAACGAGAAACCGAACGAGCUCAAGACUUGAAUGCUCGAUUAUCGUUACUGGAAGCAGAGAAUGAAUCUAAUUCAAAAUCUAAUAACAAAUCUAGCAAUAAUAAAACUGAAGAAGAAGAUCUUGAACCUCCGGGAGCAUCGGAUCACUCUUCUAAUCAUAAUCAGCACACAUCUUCGCAUUCUCAUUCCCAACAUACGCAACCUCAUACUAUGCCUCCCAUGGGAAUGCCACCUCAUCCGUUAAUGUAUAGACCACCACCACCACCUUUACAUUUAAGAAUGCCUCCACCACCACCUCCUCGUAUUGGAUUACGGUUACCUCCUGGUCCUCCACCAGGAAUGCCAAGAAUGUUAAGACCUGGUCCACCGAGUAUGCCUAGAAUGCCUCCUCCGCAAAUGCAAAUGCCAAACCUAUCGAAUAUGACAAAUAUAGGAAAUCCUCAAAUGCAGACACAAUCAGGAACUGGGUCGCAACCCAAAACACCCAAUGUUCUUUCUGCUGCACCACAAUUGAUUAAUAGGAAAGACAAAGAUGGAAAGAGCACUACAACUAUCGAAGCGAAGCCGCAAAUUCGAAAUUUAGCAGCCGAUGUUACGCGAUUUUUACCUACAUCUCUUCGAGUGAAGAGAGACGAUAAGAAAAAGCCAAGUACUUUAUCGAGACUUACAGAAAGAAUACCAGAAGCGCAACCCAUACGCACGACGCAGCCCAAGACUAAAGAUGACGCGUACAUGCAAUUUAUGCAAGAAAUGGAAGGAUUGCUUUAAAUUUGCAUUACAUUGUACCACAAGUUUAUGAAGAUAGAAAAUGAUAAAAUCCUGUAAAAUA